GAGGGGAACAGAAGUCCACCCUGUGGCAGACCAGCCCCUUCCGCCAGGACUGGCCACUUCUGCCUUUGGCGAAGGUUUCACAACAGCUGUGUGUGAACACAGGCAACGUUGGCUGAGGAUGCUGCAGGGGUACAGGCUGGCAUUCUGAGGCAGCAGCACCCAGAGGACACGGGGGCCCUGCACGCCGCUCCCACGGACAGCCCGACCCAGACAUGGCAGGUGACAAGAGCCCCCAGAGACUGAGCCAGCACACAUAUGGCUCCAUCUCCACCCCACCCAGCCCAAGGCCACAGCAAGCACCCCCUGCAGCCACCUACCUGAGUGAGAAGAUUACCAUUCCAGAGACUGAUCCGGGCCCCUUCAGCCUGCGGAAGCUCUGGGCCUUCACCGGGCCCGGCUUCCUCAUGAGCAUCGCGUUCCUGGACCCGGGAAACAUCGAGUCAGACCUCCAGACGGGCGCUGUGGCCGGAUUUAAACUGCUGUGGGUGCUGCUCUGGGCCACCGUGCUGGGCUUACUGUGCCAGAGACUCGCCGCGCGCCUUGGGGUGGUGACAGGCCGGGACCUGGGCGAGGUCUGCCACCUCUACUACCCAAAGGUGCCCCGCAUCACCCUCUGGCUGACCAUCGAGGUGGCCAUCUUGGGCUCAGACAUGCAGGAGGUCAUCGGCACAGCCAUCGCAAUCAACCUGCUCUCAGCGGGAAGCUCCAGAGGGGCGGGGCCAACCACAUUAACCACGCCCAACAGACAUAGUCACGCCUCCAGUGGGAGGGGCGGGAAAGGCGGCGCUCAUCUCAGGAGGCUCUUUCUUCCAGUAUGUGGUGGCACGUCCUGCUCAGGGAGUGCUUCUUCGGGGUCUGUUUGUGCCGACGUGUUCGGGUUGUGGCUAUUCCGAGCUGCUGCAGGCUGUGGGCAUCGUCGGCGCCAUCAUCAUGCCUCACAAUAUCUACCUCCACUCGGCCCUAGUCAAGUCUCGAGAGAUAGAUCGGACCUGCCGGGCGGACAUCCGAGAGGCCAACAUGUACUUCCUAGUGGAGGCCACCAUCGCCCUGUUUGUGUCCUUCCUCAUCAACCUCUUCGUGGUGGCCGUGUUUGGGCAGGCCUUCUACCAGCAGACCAACCAGGCGGCGGGCUUCCUGAAGCUACAGUGGCCCCGUUUCGCCCGGGUGCUGCUCACCCGUUCCUGCGCCAUCCUGCCCACCGUGCUGGUGGCCAUCUUCCGGGAUCUGAGCGAUUUGUCCAGCCUCAACGACAUCCUCAACGUGCUGCAGAGCCUGCUGCUUCCUUUUGCUGUGCUGCCCAUCCUCACCUUCACCAGUAUGCCCGCCCUCAUGCAGGAGUUCGCCAACGGCCCGCUGAGCAAGGCGGUCACUUCCUUCAUCAUGGCACUGGUGUGUGCUAUCAACCUGUACUUCGUGCUCAGUUACCUGCCCACCAUCCCCCACCCGGCCUACUUCAGCCUCGUGGCGCUGCUGGCUGCAGUCUACCUGGCUCUCUCUGCCUACCUGGUCUGGGCCUGCUGCAUCGCCCACGGAGCCUCCCUGCUGGCCCACGACUCCCACAAGCACUUUCUGUACGGGCUUCCAGAAGAGGAGCUGCCUGGGAAGCUGGCCAGAUGACCCUCCACUCUCCCCACCAACCCAGGGCCUGGCAGCAUGAGUGGAGUGGACUGGUAUUCUGGACGUGGGGACCGCUCUGCUACACACACACACACACACACACACACACACACACACACACACACACACACGUGCGCGCGCACAAGAUGGAACUGAACUUUUUGGUUCUUUUUUUUUGGGGGGGCGGGGUGGUGGUAAGUCAGCCUGGGCUCCCGAGGGACCCACGAGUUCCUUGCUGAGACAAGUGAUUCCCUGGGAGAUGUUGAAUGAGGACAGCGACACCUGGCGGUGGAUUUCAACCACUGCAACGUCCGGCCCUUGAAACUAGCAGAAGGUCCCCCAAGUAUUCAAGGAGCAUUUUAGGACAGCUCGGCCCACCUGGGGUGGUGGAGUUGCCGGCUUCACACCGCAGCUUAACAGAUCCUAACGAAGGCUGGGGAGACAGUGUAAUGGUUCAGCAAAAGGCUUUCAUGCCUGAGGCUCGGAAGUCCCAGGUUCAAUCCCCAGGACCACUAGAAACCAGAGGCAGAGUAGUGCUCUGGUCUCUUUCAUUAAAAUAAAUAGACAUAUUUAAAAAUUCUGGGGGCCGAGUGGUGGCACACCUGGUUAAGUGCACACACUAAAAGUGUGCAAAGACCCGGGUUCAAGCCCCUGGUCCCCACCUGCAGGGGGAAAGCUUUCUAAGUGGUGAAGCACAGCUAUAGUUGUCUCUGUAUCCCUAACUCCCUGCUCUCAAUUUCUCUCUACCCAAUAAUGUAUAAAUAAAAAUAAAACAGACUGAUGAAUGCUGGA